AUGGAUCAGGCAAAGUUGGCUAGAAUGCAGGCGAGCGUUCGCAUCGAGUCCCUGGUUGGCAAGGGUACUCCCCGCCGCAAGGUCAAGAAGGUCGUCCGUAACUCCGGCGCCGAUGACAAGAAGCUCCAGGCCGCUCUCAAGAAGUUGAACGUCCAGCCCAUCCAGGGCAUUGAGGAGGUCAACAUGUUCAAGGAGGACGGCAACGUCAUCCACUUCGCCAACCCCCGUGUCCACGGCGCUGUCCCCUCCAACACCUUCGCCCUGUACGGUAACGGUGAGGAGAAGGAGCUCACCGAGCUCGUCCCCAACAUUCUCAACCAGCUCGGCCCCGACUCCCUCGCUUCCCUGCGCAAGCUCGCCGAGAGCUACCAGAACAUGCAGAAGCAGCAGGGUGAUAAGAAGGACGAUGAGGAGGAUGAUAUCCCCGAACUCGUCGAGGGCGAGAACUUCGAGACCAAGGAAUAA